ACAUCCACCACUGGCCCAACUUCAAGCUCCAGUGUUCAAACUACAACUACUGCUUCAUCAACAACCACCACUGCUGCCCCAAAAACCACCACUGGCCCAACAUCAACAACCAGUGUUCCAACUACAACUACAGCUUCAUCAACAACCACCACUGCUGGCUCAACAACCACCAUUGGGCCAACUUCAACAAGCAGUGUUCCAACUACAACUACUGCUUCAUCAACAACCACCACUGCUGCCCCAACAACCACCACUGGCCCAACUACAACAACUUUUAUCCCAUCAACAACUGGAGCCCAAUCAACAACAACUUCUGCUCCAUCAACUGCCAGCUCUUCAACCGCGAGCACCACUCAAACUACAACUGCUGCAGCAACCACGACUGCUGUAUUGAAAACAACUGAUGACUUGACAACAACCACCAUUGGCCCAACUUCAACAACCAGUGUUCAAACUACAACUACUGCUUCAUCAACAACCACCACUGCUCCCCCAACAACCACCACUGGCCCAACUUCAACAACCAUUGUUCCAACUACAGCUACUGCUUCAUUAACAACCACCACUACUGCCCCAACAACCACCAUUGGCCUAACUUCAACAACCACUGCUCAAACUUCAGCUACUGCUUCAUCAACAACCACCACUGCUGCCCCAACAACCACCACUGGCCCAACUACAACAACUUUUAUCCCAUCAACAACUGGAGCCCAAUCAACAACAACUUCUGCUCCAUCAACUGCCAGCUCUUCAACCGCGAGCACCACUCAAACUACAACUGCUGCAGCAACCACGACUGCUGUAUUGAAAACAACUGCUGACUUGACAACAACCACCAUUGGCCCAACUUCAACAACCAGUGUUCAAACUACAACUACUGCUUCAUCAACAACCACCACUGCUCCCCCAACAACCACCACUGGCCCAACUUCAACAACCAUUGUUCCAACUACAGCUACUGCUUCAUCAACAACCACCACUGCUGACCCAACAACCACCAUUGGGCCAACUUCAACAGGCAGUGUUCCGACUACAAGUACUGCUUCAUCAACAACCACCACUGCUGCCCCAACAACCACCACUGGCCCAACUUCAACAACCACUGUUCCAAUUACAGCUACUGCUUCAUCAACAACCACCACUGCUGCCCCAACAACCACCACUGACCAGAGUUCCACAACCAGAAUUCCAACUACAACUACUGCUUCAUCAACAACCACCACUGCUGCCCCAACAACCACCACUGGCCCAACUUCAACAAGCAGUGUUCCAACUACAACUACUGCUUCAUUAACAACCACCACUACCACAAUAACCACCACUGCUGCCCCAACAACCACCACUGGCCCAACUUCAACAACCACCACUCCAACCACAAUUACUGCUUCAGCAACAACCACCACUGCUGCUCCGACAACCUCCAUUGGGCCAACUUCAACAAGCAGUGUUCCAACUACAGCUACUGCUUCAUCAACAACCACCACUGCUGCCCCAACAACCACCACUGACCAGAGUUCCACAACCAGAGUUCCAACUACAACUACUGCUUCAUUAACAACCACCACUACUGCCCCAACAACCACCAUUGGCCUAACUUCAACAACCACUGCUCAAACUUCAGCUACUGCAACCACCACUCAAACCACAACUACUGCUUCAGCAACCACCACCACUGCGGCCCCAAUGACCACCACUGGCCAAACUUCAACAACCACCAUUCCAACCACAACUACUGCUUCAGCAACGACCACCACUGCUGCCCCAACAACCACCACUGGCCCAACUUCAACAAUUUCCACUCCUUCAACACUAACCACUGCUCAAACUUCAGCUUCUGAUGCAACCACGACUGCUGUACCAACAACCAGCAGCCCAAGUACAACAACUGCUGCUCAAACUAGAACAACUGCUACCCCAACAACCACCACUGGCCCAACUGGAGCCCAAUCAACAACAACUUCUGCUCCAUCAACAACUGCCAGCCCUUCAAUAAGCACCACUCAAACUACAACUGCUGCAGCAACCACAACUGCUGUAUUGAAAACAACUGCUGACCUGACAACAUCCACCACUGGCCCAACUUCAAGCACCAGUGUUCCAACUACAACUACUGCUUCAUCAACAACCACCACUGCUGCCCUAGAAACCACCACUGGCCCAACUUCAACAACCACCACUGGCCCAACUACAAUUACUUUCAUCCCAUCAACAACUGGAGCCCUAUCAACAACUGCCAGCCCUUCGACAACAAGCACCACUCAAACUACAACUGCUGCAGCAACCACAACUGCUGUAUUGAAAACAACUGCUGACUUGACAACAUCCACCACUGGCCCAACUUCAAGCACCAGUGUUCAAACUACAACUACUGCUUCAUCAACAACCACCACUGCUGCCCCAAAAACCACCACUGGCCCAACAUCAACAACCAGUGUUCCAACUACAACUACAGCUUCAUCAACAACCACCACUGCUGGCCCAACAACCACCAUUGGGCCAACUUCAACAAGCAGUGUUCCAACUACAACUACUGCUUCAUCAACAACCACUACUGCUGUCCCAACAACCACCACUGCCCUUCAACAUGUUCCAACUGCAACUAUUGCUUCAUUAACAACCACCACUGCUGCCCCAACAACCACCACUGGCCUAACUUCAACAACCACUAUUCCAACCACAACUACUGCUUCAUCAACAACCACCACUGCGGCCCCAACGACCACCACUGGCCCAACUUCAACAACCACCAUUCCAACCACAACUACUGCUUCAGCAACGACCAACACUUCUGCCUCAACAACCACCACUGGCCCAACUUCAACAAUUUCCACUCCUUCAACACUAAUCACUGCUCAAACUUCAGCUUCUGAUGCAACCAUGACUGCUGUACCAACAACCAGCAGCCCAAGUACAACUGCUCCCCCAACAACCACCACUGGCCCAACUACAACAACUUUUAUCCCAUCAACAACUGGAGCCCAAUCAAAAACAACUUCUGCUCCAUCAACAACUGCCAGCCCUUCAACAACAAGCACCACUCAAACUACAACUGCUGCAGCAACCACAACUGCUGUAUUUAAAACAACUACUGACUUGACAACAUCUACCACUGGCCCAACUUCAAGCACCAGUGUUCCAACUACAACUACUGCUUCAUCAACAACCACCACUGCUGUCCCAACAACCACCAUUGGCUCACCUUCAACAACCACUGUUCCAACUCCAGCUACUGCUUCAUCAACAACCACCACUGGCCCAACUUCAACAACUACUGUUUCAAAUACAGCUACUGCUUCAUCAACAACCACCACUGCUGCCCCUACAACCACCACUGGCCCAACUUCCACAACCAGAGUUCCAACUACAGCUACUGCUUCAUCAACAACUACCACUGCUGCCCCAACAACCACCACUGGCCUAACUUCAACAAUCACUGUUCAAACUUCAGCUACUCCUUCAUCAACAACCACCCCUGCUGCCCCAACAACAACUACUGGCCCAACCUCAACAACUUCCACUCCUACAACACUAACCAUUAGUCAAACUGCAGCUGCCAAUGAAACUACGACUGCUGUACCAACAACAACUGCAGCCCCUGUAACAACAACCAGCAGCCCAGGUACAACAACUGCUGCUCAAACGACAACAACCAUCCCUACAACAACUGCUACCUCUACAACAACUUCUGGCCCAACUACAACUAUGAUGCUAACAACAACUGCUGCCGAAACUCCAACAACUGCAGCCCCAACAACAACCACCACUGGCCCAAUUACAGCAACUAUAGUGCCAGCAACGGCAGAUGUCCAAACAACAACCGCCAGCCCUUCAACAGCAAGCACCACUCAAACUACAACAACUGUUGAAGCAACCACAACUGCUGUUUUGACAACAACUGCUGACUUGACAACAACCACCACUGGCCCAACUUCAGCGACCACUGUUCCAACUACUGCUUCAGCAACAACCACCGCUGCUGUCAUAACAACUACUGGCCCAACCUCAACAACUUCCACUCCUACAACACUAAACAUUAGUCAAACUACAGCUGCCAAUGCAACCACGACUGCUGUACCAACAUCAACUGCAGCCCUUCCCUACUGCAACUGCCACCACAACAAUGUCUACCCCUUCAGCAACCACAUCCCCAACUAUAACAGCAGCUUCUACAACAACUUCUGCUCCAACAACCUCUGCUUCAGCAUCAACCUCUAUGGCAUCAACAACCGCUGCCCAAGCUACAACAACUGCAGCUCUAACAAGAACAUCAACAACCACCGCCUCAACUGCUGCUUCAACAACAACUGCCAUCUCCAAAACAACAACCACUACUCCAACCACGACUACUGUGCCAACAUCAUCUGCCGCCCCUACACCAACAGCAACCGCUGCCUCAACAGGUACUAG